AUGUUUCGACAGCAGCCGAAUGUGUUUGAGGAUGUCAUCGUGAAAGCGACGGACGAGAACUUGACCUCAGAGAACUGGGAAUACAUGAUGGAUGCGUGGGAGAAGAUUAAUGAAUCUCCAGAAAAUGGACCUAAAAAUGCUGUCGCAGCAUUGAUUAAACGGCUAGCUCAUCGGAACGCUAAUGUUCAACUUUAUACCCUUGAACUUGCAAAUGCUUUUUCACAAAACUGCGGCCCAAAGAUGCAUCGGGAGCUUGCUUCGAGAUCUUUUACAGAUGCCAUGCUACGACUUGCCGCCGAUCGGAACACUCACCCGACCGUGAAAGCUAAGAUAUUGGAACGGAUGGCCGAAUGGUCUGAAAUGUUCUCGAAGGAGCCAGAUCUUGGCAUAAUGGAAGGCGCCUAUAACAAGUUAAAAUCCCAAAAUCCAAACAUACAGGCACCGUCGAAGCCGCACAAAAGGGAAAUCACAGAUAUUGAUAGACAGAAGGAGGAGGAAGAGCUUCAAAUGGCCUUGGCAAUAUCCCUCAAAGAUAGGCCACAAGCUGGACAAUCCUCGAGCUCAAAGGCGCCGCAGCAAUCCGCGGGCUCUAAUCCGGUAGCCCAACAAUCACAGGCCCCAGCAAGCACAGCUGAAGCUACACCACAUACAACAGCUGCGACGGUAUCUAGGGUUCGUGCACUUUUCGAUUUCGUCCCGACUGAAAAAGGAGAGCUUGCGUUUAGGAAGGGUGAUAUCAUUGCAGUGCUCGAGUCAGUGUAUAAGGAUUGGUGGAGUGGAUCCUUGAGAGGCCAGACAGGAAUUUUCCCAUUGAAUUAUGUGGAGAAACUGACAGACCCUACUCAAGAGGAGGUUAUGAAGGAGGCCCAAAUGGAGGCUGAGGUCUUUGCAGAGAUUAAAAACGUGGAGAAACUCUUGGCGCUUUUGAGCACAUCCAACGUUGAAUCAAACGUGCAGGAAAACGAGGAAAUCACUACACUCUACCAUCAAACACUGGCAAUUCGCCCGAAGUUGAUUGAGCUAAUUGGGAAGUACUCACAGAAGAAAGACGACUUUGUCGCAUUAAAUGAAAAAUUUAUUAAAGCACGACGUGAUUACGAAAAUCUGCUCGAGUCCUCUAUGUCCCAAGGUGCCUCACAUUAUGGCCGACCCGGCCAGCCACCAUAUAACUAUGGAGGCGAUCCAUACCCACCUGCUGGAGAGCGGUUUUAUACUCCAGCCCCACAGAUGAACCCCUCCGUUUCUCCCUCAAUUCAACAUGGCGCUUUUUCUCCGCCUCCCCAACAGCAAAAACCAUCGGGGCUUCCUUACCCAGGACCUCGACGGACAAGCAACCACUUUUAUGCCCCACCUGAAGGUCAUGAAUCAGCACCACCGCCACAUGGAAAUAACGCACCAUUUUAUGUAGUUGGUCAAGCACCGCCUGGUGCUCAAAUUCCGGGCCGACAACAGGAUCCUAAUCAACGUCCACAGGGUCAUCAACCACCCGGCCCAAGCGGACACCCAGUGGAUGGACAGAUACAGCCCCAAGAACUUGCAACAUCAAUAUAUGACUCACCUCUUGAUGGUAGACCACCACAGAACAGUGGAUAUCCACAGCCUAUGGGUGCUCCUGGCGGUCAAGAGAGGGUUCCCUCCCCCUCUCAACCUCCCGGACAAACCCCAUAUGGUGGAUAUCAAGCAUAUCUACCCCCUCAACAGCGCCCUUUGUCAGCCGGACCUAACCCACCCAACCCGUCAGUGUACACAGACACUGCGGCAAAUAAUAGCGGGCCUCAUGCAUACCCAGUUCUAGGGUCGACAUCUCCUUCAGGUGCAGGUGGCUCAGCUUAUCAAGCAUAUACCGCACCCAAUGGCGGAAGACCCCCACAAAGUUACUAUACAGAACAGCAAUACCCACCCGCUCCCAAUCAUCCUGCACCGGCGCCCCCCCAAUCUAGUGGACCAGGCGGUGCUCCAGGCGGUGCUCCUCACGAUUAUUACAAACAGAAUGAACUUUUCCUGCCUCCAGGAAGCAGAGCACAAAGUUAA